UUUGUCACCACCCAGCUUGCCUUGCCUUUGGCUGGGUGGAACUUCCAUUUUAGGUGCUGGAUCUUGAAAGAAGGGGAAAGAAAAAAAAACCGCCAGAAAGAAAGAAAGAAAAGAAGAUCCCAGGCGAGGGAGAAGUGGAAGAGAUUGCCGCUUUGCUCUUUUUAUAUUGAUUUGAUCAGGGAUUGGGCUCUCGUUUUCCUGUUAGGGAUUUCUUGGGAAACUCGACUUUAGAGUUCUUUGGUGUGGCUUUUUUUUUUUUUUUUGUGGUGCGUGUGUUUGCAAAGGGCGAAAAGAAGGCUCUCACCCAGGGUAAUUUCUUUUUUUGUUGUUGGAUAUUGUCACACUGAGAUACUAAAGAGAGGAGGUAGAGGAAUAACCUCGCUGGCAACUUCCCCCCCGCCCCCCUUCCAUUUCUUAAUCUGCUGCUUUGAAGAGUGGGGGAAACAGAUACAAGGAGGCGAAACAAACUUGGAGACUCUUGUUGGUGUAACUUCUGAGAGGGGAGAAAGCCAGGCACUCUUCCUUCCUGCUGCUUCACUGGUGGUGGCCGGGCUGCUUCUCCCAUGAUUCUUUGCAUCUAGACGUGGCUGCACUGUGCCUUAGUCAAUCAGAUCAACUCUUCUUUAACAGUGAGGGGUACUUCCCCUCUUGUUUUUUCUUCCCCUCUGAUUGACACCAGUUUCCCUCACACACAUACCCUGUGCCCUACGCCCACCCCCUGUGCGGGGUCCUCAUCAUGGACGACUCAGAAGUGGAGUCGACUGCCAGCAUCCUGGCCUCUGUCAAGGAACAGGAGGCACAGUUUGAGAAGCUGACCCGGGCGCUGGAGGAGGAGCGGCGUCAUGUCUCAGCACAGCUGGAGCGCGUCCGGGUCUCCCCACAUGAUGCCAGCCAGACGAUGGCCAACGGUACCCUCACCCGUCGGCAUCAGAACGGCCGCUUCCUGGGCGAUGCUGACCUGGAGAGGCAGAAAUUUCCAGAUCUGAAACUUAACGGACCCCAGGACCACAGCCAUCUCUUAUACAGCACUAUCCCAAGGAUGCAGGAUCCAGGCCAGAUCGUGGAGGAGACUUAUACCAUGGAAGAGGACCCAGAGGGUGCCAUGUCAGUUGUCUCUGUGGAAACAUCAGAUGAUGGGACUACCCGGCGCACAGAAACCACGGUAAAGAAAGUAGUGAAGACUGUGACCACAAGGACAGUACAGCAGGUUCCUGUUGGGCCAGAUGGGUUACCUCUGGAGGGUUCACCUGUCACCAAUAACUACGUCCAGACAAUGGACAGGAACUUCCGUAAAAAUGGCAACAGUGGACCUGGCAGCUACAUAAGCCAGGCUGGCACUGCCACGCUCCCUCGCAACUACCACUACCCAGAUGGCUACAGCCGCCCUUAUGAUGAUGGCUACCCUGGCAGUGAUCACAACUAUGGCAGUCUGUCCCGCGUGACUCGAAUUGAUGAACGUUACCGUCCCUCCAUGGAUGGUUACCGGGCCCCUAGCCGGCAGGACGUCUAUGGUCCUCAACCACAGGUGCGAGUAGGGGGGAGCAACAUGGACCUGAACCGCUUCCAUGCAGAGCCUUAUGGGCUAGAAGAUGACCAGCGCAGCGUUGGCUAUGAUGACAUGGAUUAUGGUCUGAUGUCAGAUUAUGGCACAGCCAGGCGGGCAGGGACACCCUCGGAUCCCCGGCGACGACUCAGGAGUUAUGAGGAUAUGCUGGUGGAUGAUGUGGCCCCUGACCAGUACUACUGGGCCCCCCUGGCACAGCAUGAACGGGGUAGCCUGGCAAGCCUGGACAGUCUGCGGAAGGGAGGCCCACCACCUGCCAAUUGGCGCCAGCCAGAGCUGCCUGAAGUGAUAGCUAUGCUGAGUUUUCGGCUGGAUGCAGUAAAGUCCAAUGCAGCAGCCUACCUGCAGCACCUCUGCUACCGCAAUGACAAGGUGAAGACAGAGGUGCGUAAGCUGAAGGGGAUACCUGUGCUGGUGGGGCUGCUGGACCACCCCAAGAAAGAGGUGCACUAUGGGGCCUGUGGGGCCCUGAAGAACAUAUCCUUUGGCAAAGAUCAGGACAACAAGAUAGCCAUCAAGAACUGCGAUGGUGUCCCAGCCCUGGUGAGACUGUUGCGCAAGGCCCGUGACAUGGACCUCACAGAGGUCAUCACAGGAACAUUAUGGAAUCUCUCCUCCCAUGACUCAAUAAAGAUGGCUAUUGUAGACCAUGCACUGCAUGCUCUAACUGAUGAGGUCAUCAUCCCGCGCUCUGGCUGGGAGAGGGAGCCCAAUGAAGACUCUAAACCCCGCCACAUGCAGUGGGAGUCGGUGCUCACCAACACUGCUGGCUGCCUUAGAAACGUGAGUUCUGAGCGGAGUGAGGCUCGUCGGAAGCUGCGCGAGUGUGAUGGGUUGGUGGAUGCCUUGAUAUACGUUGUCCAGUCAGAGAUUGGCCAGAAAGACUCUGACAGCAAGCUGGUGGAGAACUGUGUCUGUCUGCUCCGGAACUUAUCAUACCAAGUCCAUCAUGAGAUCCCACAUGCUGAGCGUUAUCAGGAGACUCCCCUCAACCCCACCAAUAAUGCUGGGCCCCAUGCUGCCAGCUGCUUUGGUACCAAGAAAGGCAAAGACGAGUGGUUCUCCAGAGGCAAAAAACCUCCAGAAGAUCCUGGUGCUGAUACAGUGGACUUUCCCAAAAGAACAACGCCUGCAAAAGGUUACGAGCUCCUAUUCCAGCCAGAAGUAGUCCGGAUAUAUAUCUCAUUGUUGAAGGAGAGCAAGACCCCUGCCAUUCUGGAGGCUUCAGCAGGUGCUAUUCAGAAUCUAUGUGCUGGUCGCUGGACGUACGGUCGGUACAUCCGCUCAGCAUUACGCCAAGAGAAAGGGCUUUCUGCUAUUGCUGACCUGCUGAACCAUGACAAUGAACGUGUAGUGAAAGCAGCAUCUGGGGCUCUGCGCAACUUGGCAGUGGAUCCUCGGAAUAAAGAGCUGAUAGGUAAACAUGCUAUCCCCAACUUAGUGAAGAACUUGCCAGGUGGGCAGCAGACGCCAGCCAAGAACCUCUCUGAGGAUACCGUGGUAUCGGUCCUGAACACAAUCAAUGAGGUCAUUUUGGAGAACUUGGAGGCCGCAAAGAAACUGCGGGAGACGCAAGGCAUUGAGAAGCUGGUGCUGAUCAACAAAUCGGGGAACCGUUCAGAGAGAGAAGUCCGAGCUGCGGCCCUAGUCCUGCAGACAAUCUGGGGGUAUAAGGAGUUGCGGAAGCCACUAGAGAAGGAAGGAUGGAAAAAGUCUGACUUCCAGGUAAACCUGAGCAAUGCCUCUCGGAACCAGGGAGGCAACUCGUUUGAUGACAGCACCUUGCCACUCAUUGACAGGAAUCAAAAAGGAGAUAAGAAAUCUUCUCGGGAGGAGAUCCAGAUGAGCAACAUGGGACCAGACAACAAUUACUCCACACUAAAUGAAAGAGACCACAACAGGACAUUGGACCGAUCUGGAGAUCUUGGCAAUGUGGAACCGGUGAAGGCGGCACCCAUCUCAGAUGAAAGUCAGGAAAACCUGUAUGAGGAGGAGGAUGACACUGUGGUUUAUCCCCUGAUGACACAUCCCUGAGUCCCCUGCUCCUGUCAGAAGAUCUAGAGUUCUCUCCUGCCUCUGCUCAGUUUGGGUUUAUAAUAUAUAUAUAUCUCUCUCUUCGUGGUGGAAUGGACUGACUUACCUUUACUUUUUUGCUGGACUUUUUGUGCCAACUAUCCAGCCAAAUGAUUGGCCCUUUGUGCCUCUCCCUGCUGAGGUACAACUUGGUCAGGGCCCCCACACCCUUUCCUGUAGACAGCUGCACCUCCAAUCCUUGGGCGCUUUUUUUUUCUUCUGAGAGCAAAUCUUCCUGCAGACCAAAUACUCCUGAUGAAUCUCCCUGGAGAUACUAACUAACACAGACUCUGAAAGAACCCUUCCCUUGACAUCACCUCUCCUGCUGGGCCUGCAGCACAACACAGAACUGGCUGUACUGGCACUACAUUUUCCUUUAAGACACUUUUUGGUUCUGCUUGCAGUAAUGGGGACAGAGGCUGUCUCCUUAGCCUCUAAAAUGUGCAAACCCUUGGCAACAGAGGAUGCAAGGAAUACUGGAACAUUCCAGGUGGUGGGGGUACCUGCGAUUGAUUGCAAUACUUGUUUACUAUGACUUACUGCAUCUGGAUGUCAGAUCACAUUUGAGGGUGGAGGUGGGGGUCUGUUUUUGAGAUGAGCCACUCAGACAGGAAACAUCUCUUCUCAUCUAAAGGAGAAAGAGGCAGGUUGGGAGCAGUUUGUUCACUCCUUGUAUGCUCUGGUGUUCUUAGGUAUGCGGCCAUCGUGGAUGGGCAAUUGUGUUUGUGUUUGUUUUUGUUCUGUGGGAGGUAUUUGUGCAGGAGCCAGCCGGGGGAAGGUAGCAAGGAUUGGGGGCAGAUCCUGAUCCCUAAAGAGGUCUGAAUCUUAGAACGAGGGUGUGGGGUUUCCUUUUGAGGAGCAUGUGGUUUUUUUGGCUGUUUAAAGUGUGGGAGAUAUCUGGGCUUAUGGUGCAGGCAGGUAAAGGAGGAGAAAGAGGGUGAUGGAUUGGGUAGAGUGAUGAUAGAAAGGGAGAGCCUAACUGUAACUAACCCCAUCCCCCACAAACCAGAUGAAUGCAAGUGUCUCUUUCUCUUGACACGUGCCUUUCUAUGCCACUGUGAAAUAGUUUCUUCCAACUCGUAGGCUCCAUGGCCAACUAGAUAAGGAGUGUUUGGACUAGGUUGUGGGGAUCUUUCUGGCACAGAUGAGUUGCUGUUCUUCCCUCCACUUGAGAUUCUGGCCUUUAACAUCUUUUUGUACUGACACUGGGUGAAUAGAGGUGCUGGGAUUCCCAGGAAUGACUAGACCAGAGGCAAUAAAUAGUCACUUAUCUGUACCUCCUAAAUGAUGGGAUAUGGAGAGGGGAAAGCCACAGUCAGACCCAGCAGGUAAUGGGGCAGCCUGCUGCAUCUGGAAGGGGUGCAUGUGCAUGGGCCGUUGCCUCCCUUCCUUUCAGCAGGAGAGUGGAGGUGUUAUGUCCACUUCUCCCCACAUGGCGAGGAGAUCCCAGCCCCUCCAUGCACCGUGCAACUGGAAUCCUCCCUUGAGGGCCAGAAACUGGAACUGGGUUGCUGUAGACUUGUGUGCCCGGAUGGGAUUCUUGCUCCCUGCUUCUCCCUGCGACACAUGCACUGUAAAAGGGGAAAUGUGUGGGCUGGGAGACCUCUGUGCCUCUAACCCUCCUCUGCUGCAUCCAGCCUCUUCCUGUUUUGGGAUGGGACUGAAGUACAAAUCCAGGCUUUUUUUUCCCUGGGGGGUCUAACCUUUUUUUCUUGCAUAUUAUGUAAAACACUAAUUCUUUUUGUAAUUCCAGAUGAACCAAAAACUCCUCCUUCCCCCAGAGACUGCUUCAGCACCUGCAGUGGGGAACCUGUAACUGACCAGUUUUUUUUGUUCUGCUUUCCUCCACAACCCCAGUGCCUGGGGGAGGAUGGGAGGAGUCUGCUGUUCUUUGUCUGAUUUCUGUGCCCGCUCUUGUAACGCUUUUAAAACAAAAUGAUUUUUUUAUAUAAAUAAAAAUUUUUAAAGUGUG